UCUUUACAACUGUCGCACUCCGGAAGUUUCCACGCCGUGGUCGCCUGGAUUCAUCUUAUAGGCUAUUACCUUAAAUCUGACAGCCGAAAUUGCAUGCAGCUUACAUGCAGAUAUGAUUCGCCUCACAAUAUGGUGUGAUAAGCUGAUGUCAGCACUAAAUAAGCCUUGCCAUGGCUUGUAGGCUGGGGGUAUAUAAGAAUAGUGAGCUGAGAUGAUGAGUGAAUUGCAACUUACUGUUGUUCGCCAUUCAGCAGGUUCACCUUUCCAAAAUGCAGAACAAGGCAGCAUUCAUUGAUCAGCCGCGGCAGACUCUCUCAGUCCGCGAGGCGCCAUACACGCCUCCCACAGCGCACCAGAUUGUGAUCCGCAACCGGGCGAUCGCCAUCAACCACAUCGACUGGAAGAUCCAGGAAAACCCCGAGUUCGCACCGCUGCGGUACCCCGGCAUUCUCGGCCACGAGUCUGCCGGGGAGGUGGUGGCCGUGGGAAGCGCAGUCACCCGAUUCGCUGUCGGAGACCGAGUGCUCGCCGAGGGGACGGCGAUGGCCACGUCCAGCCCGGCGGAGGGAUCGUUCCAGCUGCUGACUGUCGUUCCGGAGCAUGUCGUCUGCCGGAUCCCCGAUUCCCUAUCAUUUGCGCGGGCGACCGUUCUGCCGCUCGGCGUGUCGACGGCUGCGAUGGGUCUGUACGCUGCGGGAACCCUUGAACUGGCGUAUCCAUCCUGUCCCAAGGCGGAAUCUAGAGGGGAGACCAUCAUUGUAUGGGGGGGCAGCUCCAGCGUGGGCAGCAAUGUGAUCCAACUGGCUGUUCAGGCCGGAUACGAGGUUGUUGCGACUGCAUCCCCACACAACUUUGACUACGUGCGAGGGCUGGGCGCGACGGCCGUGUUCGAUUACCACGAGGAGAGUGUCGUGGAGGAUCUUGUUGCUGCCGUGAGAGGGAAGACGGUGAUUGGGGGGUUUGAUGCCGUGGGAUACGACGCUGCGGGCGUGUCUGCAUCGACUCCCCUGUCGCAGGUUCUGUCAAGAACAGAAGACCAGUCUGUUGGAAAACAGCACACACGGUGUAAGCUGGUUUCUGUCCAUCCAGCUCCCCGCGCCCUGCCGGAGGGAAUCGAGUUCAAAAUGGCGUGGGCGGUUGUGCCGCCCGAGCUGGGGCUGGCGAUCUACCGAGACUUCCUGCCCGGCGCCCUCGAGCAGGGAACGUACCGGGCAGUGCCUGAGCCGGUGGUGGUUGGCCAUGGGCUGGAGGCUAUCCAGGGAGGGGUGGAUGUGUUGAAGAGGGGUGUUUCUGCCCGCAAGAUUGUCGUAUUGGUUGAUUGACAUAUACUAUCAGCCUCGGAUAAUAGUGCUUACUGUUUAUCUGACAUUGA